AUGGCAACAAGACCCUUUACUGGUUCCUCUAGAAAAAUUUCUGGAACUCAAACAGAGCUCCCACGAAAAGAAACUGAAUCACAGCUCCCGCAAAACAGAACUAGUGAGGCAGAAAAUUGCAACCAGACUUGGAACAUUCGUGAGAAUGUAAUUACGGCAACAGAAAGCAGAAACGUUGGGGUUUUCGACUUCAACAACGAAUAUCAUGAAAGUGGUGCUGUUGAUCAUCAUCAAGGAAGGAAGGGUCAAAACAAAACUGACUACAACAUUGAUGGCAACAAGAUUGAUUCAAAAGAAGGGGAGUUUGUUGGGAUCAGUAAAUUUGGCAACAAGUACUGCAACUCGAGGAAAGACGAAGCAAGAAGCUCGAGCGAAGAAGAAGGAACGAGCAAGCCAUGA